AUGCCCAUCUCGUGGCCCGACGCCGACGCGCCAGCAGGCGCCCGCGCGGCCCUCUCCGCUGCCGACAUCUCGCCCGACAUCACGUCGUCCUCGCUGCCGUCGUACCCCUCCUCGGACGCCAGCGAUUACUCGGACGACCAGGCCGCGCUCAUCCAGGAGGAGUGGGACGAGUCGAUGCGCCAGAUCGAAGGCGUCAUCUCGCUCCUCAUCCUCCCCUUCUUCGGCAAGUGGUACGGGCGCAAGGUCGCCUUCUGGGCAUACGACAGGUACCAGACUGUCGGCGGGUUCACGCGUCAGUUCUUCGGCUUGUAA